CGCUCCAGGCCAACCGACGAACAUUGUGGAUGUGGUGUGCCGUGUGGUGGUAUUUCCGGAAAAGGAACCGGUGACGCGUCGUUCCGUCCAACAGCUAUUUUCCAACCUCAUUUUUUUACACCUCUCUCUCUAUGUCGGAAUGCCAUAGGAAGUCAGUGGCAAAUACUUGAGCACAUUCUUAUGCAUGUUGUCCUUUUUCGCGUUUCCAAUAGCAGUGCGGCGACGAUUCCGGUACAUGGGGUUUGUUUAGUGUUGGAAGUUAGUACUUUGGUAACACUUUGCAGCGAGGAAGUUUUUCGCCCUGGCACCGUUUGCUAGCUGGUUGUAAAUUUUCAGGAGUGAUAAAACUGUGUCACCUGGUUGAAGAUAAUUGAUUCGAAGAACCUUACCUUGGACUGGGUAUUUAGAUAGCGAAAACUUUCCCAAAAAGAAGUUAAAUUAAACAAUGAGUGGAAAAACUGCCGUUGGAAUACUGGGUGGAGAGGAUGAGCUGCUGCAAAGUUUCGUGCGUGUAGGAAUGGAGGGUGAUGAUGGCCACAGUCGCCACAUUCCACGGAUUCAACAUCCGGAACCUUCCUCGGGGGGUGGUCAUCAUGCCACCGGAGCUGGAGGUUCGAACAGUGCUGGGGGUGGUAGUGGUGGUGUUGGUGGGGCUGGUUCUGGAACCCAUGCCGUGAAUCAUCCGGCACCACAUGUAGAGAGGACCAACACUCAUCAUCAGCUGAUGGUCACACCGAAGGUGGAAAUUCAACGGCAACAUUCGGAGCAUUUUUCGGAUCUUAGCGACAAGAAUGCUCCCACCAAGUAUAGGAACCUCUUCAACGAGCCCAUCGAUAUGAAGAAGCGACGAUACUUCGACGAGGUCUACACGGACAAGGAUCGUGCUGCUGCCGUAAGCAUCGGAAGCUUCGACAUCAAGCAAAAUUUGAUGAACAAACGACGCCAGGAGCAGAACCAGCAGACGGCAAUCCCGGAAGAAGCGGACCCAAGUGCCAUCCUCGCCCUCGGAAUGCGUGAGAUCAAGAAUCGUAACCUGGAAAAUGCAGUUUAUUUCCUCUCCAAGGCACUUGCACCAAAAUACGCUAAAGCUCUGGAGAUGAACAACAACGACCAGAGCGCGCUGGUGGCCCGAAGUAAAUGCUAUCUGCAGCUGGGAGAACCGGCCAAGGCCUUACAGGAUGCUGAAACUGCUUUGCUGCUGGACAAGGGAAACAUCCGGGCCAUUUACCAGAAGGCCGAAGCCCUGUACUAUUUGGGACAGUUCGAGCACAGUCUGAUGUUCUUCCACCGGGGACUCAAGUUGCGGCCGGAGCUGGCCAGCUUCAGGUUAGGUGUGCAAAAGACCCAGGAAGCGAUCGAAAAUACGAUCGGCAGCAAUCCCAAGAGCCAACCGCCCCCAGUCAAGAAAGCUCCGAAAGCGGAAAAACCAAAACCCGCCUCAACCGGUGGCAACAACAACGGCCACGGAAACGGAAACGGCAAUGGCAAUGGGAACGGUGGCAAGAAACCGCCGCUCACCCAGGAGGAAAUUGAACGGCGGGCUGCUCGGCGUUUGCUGGGCGAUCUGUACGUAGACAAAGAGUACCUGGAGAAUUUGCUCAAACAUCCGGACCUGAAGAAGGCCGACACCAAUACCGAGGGAGUCUCCGAGUAUGCCAAGGACGCGAUCAACUUCCUGAACAAUCGGCAGGAAUUUUGGCGCCAACAGAAACCCUGCACCAGUCUGAACUCGGCCAAAAUCGCCGAUGGAGGUGGAAUACCGAAAUGGCGCGGUGCUGUUAGAGCUGUGCAAAGCAGUUUAAAGCUGUAGGAGUUGAUUUUUCUAUACACUUUCGAAGCAGAAGCAGAACACACAUGUGAUGGUACGAUACAAUAUGGUACUAUAGUUAAGUUUUUGGCUUGAUCGAGUCGCCUCCCCCCUUGCGAGUAGAACACGCUCACGAGUUUUGUUUUGAGGAUGUUUUUUGCAAAUGA